AUGGUAUCUCCGACUAUACAAGGCACUAUGCUGCUUGCUGUUUUCCUAUGUUUAGCUAUUAGAUUUUCACUACCAUUGGAACAAGAUGGCGUAACACAGGCUGAUACAAAAUGCUGUAUGUCUGGGUGUGCUGGUAUCCCCGGAAUACCAGGUACGCAUGGACAGCAUGGCCAUGGCGGUCCCAAAGGUGAACCGGGCGACGUUGGUGCUCCUGGACCAAAGGGUCCCCCAGGAAAAGACGGGGAGAAACCGCCAUCCCGCAACAUCAAACAAUGUGCCUGGCAGAACAUCAACGAUGAUCGAAAUAAUGCCAUUGUUAAGGAAUGUGAAUUCACAAAAUACUCUAACGAGUCAGCACUCCGGGUUGUGUGGAGCGGAAAUCUCCGUGUUGUGUCAAAUGAUGGCGCCUGUAACCGCUGGUUUUUCACUUUCAAUGGCGAAGAGUGUUCCAACCCACUACCAAUAGAUACGGUAAUUGGCAAAUCAUCAAGGUGUUAA